AAAACGACAAGCUCCCCCCUUCCUUGAAAGCGCAGACGACAGUCACAACUAUGCCUCUGCCUCCACACGUGUCAACAACCCUAUCCUCUCUCGCUCUCUCGCUCGCUCGCUCGCCGCCACUUCCAUCGGCCUGCGACGGCGAGAAGAAUGAGCCCAAUCCUGUCGACCGUCGAUUACUGGCUGGUCCACCACCCAGCAAUCCACAACUUCCGGUGGGAGCAAGGCCAGACCUUGGCCUCCUCCCCUCUCUUCCUCACCCUCGCCGUCCUCUCCUACCUCUCCCUCACCCUAGUCCUCUCGCGCCUCCUCCCGCCGCCCGCCCUCGGGCCCCACCUCCUCAGGCCAAUCGCGGCCCUCCACAACCUCGCCCUCACCGUCCUCUCCCUCGCCAUGGCCGCCGGAUGCGCUCUCUCCGCCGCCUCCCAAAUGCCCGACACCCGCUGGAUCUUCUGCUUCCCGGCCAAUACCCAGCCGGCGGGGCCCACAUUCUUCUGGGCCUACGUGUUCUACCUCUCCAAGAUGCUCGAGUUCGUGGACACGUUGCUGAUAAUACUGUCAGGGUCGUAUCAGCGGCUGACGUUCCUCCACGUCUACCACCACUCGACGGUGGUGGUGAUGUGCUACCUGUGGCUGCAGACGGCGCAGUCGCUGUUCCCGGUGGCCCUGGUGACGAACGCGUCGGUGCACGUGGUGAUGUACAGCUACUAUCUGCUGUGCGCGGUGGGGGCGCGUCCCAAGUGGAAGAGGCUGGUCACGAAUGGCCAGAUCGUGCAGUUCGUGUUCAGCUUCGUGGUGUCCGUCGUGAUGCUGUGGUACCAUUUCGGGGGAUCGGAUCCGGGUUGCUCCGGGAUUUGGGGAUGGUGCUUCAAUGCGGGGUUCAACGCCUCCCUCUUGGCUCUCUUCGUGGAUUUCCACGUCAAGAACUACGCCGGCGCCGGGAAGAGGAAGCGGAUGUGAAUUGCCGUGACGUGGAUUCACAGUGUCCACAAGUUUCCGCUUCAGUUUUGAGGAAUGGAUUUG